AUGGACUCGAUACCGCAGCCCUCCGCUCCAGCAGAGGUCAGCGUCUCAGAUGGUCCGUCUGCUGUCGCGUCUUCAGCAGUCGUUUCCGAGCCCCCCGUCCACGCUGAAGUAACACAACAGCAGACGCCUUCGACCAGCAUCGGGGAAGAGACCACUAUUCCAUCAUCAUCGACAUUUGCUGAUCAAACCACUGCGGAUCCCAGCAUCUCUGCUGAACCAUCGACCGUGACGAUAGGGUCAAGUGCGGAGCUGGGCUCUGGAGCGCUUCACCAACCCGAGGCCGCUCAAUCGACCGUCGAUGCGGGGCAAACGACGCCCGAAACCAGCAGUGCCUCCCAACGUAAACCGGACAAACACGUAGCAGCGCCUGCUGCUGUACCCAGUGACGACCCAACAGCACAGUCUCGGCCGGCCACCAUUGAAGCGAUCGGUGACUAUCCAGAACAAUCCGAUGCAGCGCCAAAGGAGAACGAGGCGAUAGACACUGCGCCCAUCACGGCGCCCGUCGGUUUCUCAGCAGAAACAGGCCUACCUCAAGGAUCUGUGCCCGUCGCUGAAGACCUCACCGUCGCAGCGCCUUCGUCAACAGCAGAGGCCUCGGUCCCGUCGUCGGCGCCGGACUCGGGCUCCAUUGUUGCACUGCCUUCCGCAUCGGAAGCUGCCGCAGAUCAACAUAGUACGGUCGAAGCUGCCCAAGGGACUGUGCAAACAGCAGAAGCCUCAGUGUCGGAGCAAUUCAGGGCCGCUGAGACACAAGGCAAGGUAUCAUCCACGCCCGCCUCGAUCCCACAGCCAAGCGCAACACUAACAGAGCCCCAACAAGAGACAGCAGCGACGGCACCGACUGACGCCAGAGCAACCACUUCCGCAGCCGCCGAAGCGAGUUCAGCUCCUACAAUCGCCCCGACGAAGAGCAACGAAGUAGCCGAGCCUAGUAAGCAAGACGAUGCAUCCACCCAAAAGGCGAAUCAAGUGGAGCAGUCGACUGCCUCGGCCUCUGACCACCCAAAAGAAUCUGCUACUACCACGGUCGACGAGGCCGCCACUAAGUCCUCGUCUUCGGCCGACGAUGUGACCUCCGAGCUUGCUCUGCAACUCGCACCUGCAUCCAAGGCAGUAUCCGAAUCAACACCUGCGACGCCCGAGAAGAAAGCGUCUGCGGAUGGCGCCAACUCAGCCCACUCGGACGCAUCGCUGCCCUCAACUCCAGCCCGUGAAAGCAAAGUCGCUCUCAUCCUGCGUAUCAACAAGGAGCUCAUCCGUCUUUGCGUGGAGCUGCAGUCCAAGAAUCUCACUACAGAACCUGUUUAUCGCGAAGCUGCGGUACGCUUGCAGGCCAACUUGGGCUAUCUCGCAAGCAUCGCCGAUCAGGCUGGCAAGUCUGUCGAUUCAAGCGGACGAGCAACGCCCAGUGGUACUCUUCCACCGCUCGAACCGUUUCCGCGUAGCGAACAUGCGCCUUCGUCGCCGCUUCCUGCUCUGUUCGAUAAGCUCAUUGCGCUUUUCGGGAGUGCACGUUCCUCAGAUUCACCCGUUGCGGACGGCAAGAAGCGAUCUCGCGACUCGACUGCCGAUCUGAGCGCCGACGACCCGAGGAAACGUGCCGCGAGCAAGGGUAUCGAGCAAAGCCAGGACGCACCCAAAGCUUCAACACCGUCUUCCACCUCGAAUCUGCAGCAGCAAACGGGAUUGUUCACGACGAUGACUCCUGGCUCCGCACUAUCCACCACCACUACCACGAGCCAACGAGAACAACAAUCCGCAGCACCGGCACCCCAUGCAGAGCAGCAACAAUCGCAGCAGCCAAGCAAGGGCCCCGACCUCUCGCUGGCUCCUCCGGUUCCCAUCGCUCCACCAACUGCUGCUCAGAACAUACCCAACAACCCACAGGCGCAGGCGCUGAUGCAGGCAUUUGGUCCCAACGCACUUGUCAAUCUGCACACUCUCCAGUCUCAUCUUCGCGGACAGGGCACUCACCCUUGGGUCGCUUACAUGGAAAACAACGUCAACGGCUUCAAAGCCAUGCCGUUGCAGGUGCAGCUGCAGCAUAUGACUUCGCUGCAGAACGCCGCUUUGCAACGACAGAAGGCUAUGGGUGGUCAGGGCUCGGCAGCUCCUGGUUCGGCCGUUGGCAGUCCAGCGACCAUGUCCAAUGGAGGACAGGGUGGAGUCUCGAGUCCAGCGACAACGCGACCAGUGAGUCGACACUCCGACAGCCCGGGACAGGCGCAAGCGAGUCCUUCUGCGAGCGCCUUCGGUGGCGCCGGGCCUGGAAGGACAGGCACGCCGCUGGGAGGUGGUCAAGGCGCUUUCCAGAAUCGACCUGGAAGCUCCGGUUCCGUCGGUAGCAUGACGAGCGCCGGUGGACGCAACCGCACAGGAUCCUCCAACCUCGCCUUUGACCCUUCCCAGCUGCAAUCUGCUCCAAGCCCUGCGACCUUGGGCUCCAUCGGCGACUUUGCUGCGCAACAGCAGUUCGGAUUCCAGGCACCUGGUCUGCAGCAAGGCUCACCUGCCGCAUCUGCGGGCUCACCUUCCCAACAGCAGCAGCAACAACAACAACAGCAGGGGCCACAGCAAGCGACGGGGAUGCCAAUGUCUGGCAUGCCCAACUUCCAGAAUCUGCCACCGCAUUUGCAGCAGCAGAUCCGUCAGCAGUACAUGGCACACAUGCAAGCCCAGGCGCAGGCGCAAGGUGGCAAUCCCCAGCAGAUGAGCUUCAAUCCGCAACAGCAACAACAGCAACCACAGCAGCAGCAGCAGCAGCCACAAGCAUGGAAUUUCCAAUCACCGCAGUGA